AUGAGGUUUUCUUAUAUUCUCUCUGGCUUCUUGGCCGCUCUUGCCAUUGCAAGCCCUAUUGCCAGACCCGAGGAGGUCGAUGUGACAGAAUUGGUCACUCGUGAGACCUACCAAGAUACCGCCGAAUUCACCGCGGCCAACAGUGUGCACCCUGGCCUGCAGAAUGGUCAAUACUACUGGUUCACUCUUGAAUGGCCACUCGGCGCUCCUGUGGGCGAUGGAGACAAGGAAUCCCAAACGGAGUUACAGCAACUGCAGCAGAAGCUCGGCUUCGAGCACAUCGGUGUCGUCGUCGGCAAAGUUACCGAAACUACUACCGGCAAAGGCAAAAACCAGAAGACAAAACGUGAUUUUAACGCUGUGCUCUACCACAUGACAAAGAAGAACGUCAAUCCAGGCGAUGUCGAGCUGAAGACUGCCAAUUGGAAAGCCGACCCAAGGAAGAAUCUAAAGGGGGGACAAGUCACCAGCAGCAAAAAGGUCGAUGCCGCUAAGAAGGUUGCAAAGAACUGGGCUGUUAUCAAGGCUCUCUGA